CGCCCCUUCCGGAGCGGCUCGGAAGCGGCGGGGUGGAUGGUGGGGCGGGCGGCGGGGCCGAUGUGCCGGGGGCUCCGCGGGACAGGCCGACAGUACCCCAAGUGUGACCAUAAAAUAUGAUUCUUUGCCUGCUCCACCAAACUCCCAAAGUACUUCUUUUGUAGUUUGGUCACGUGGCCUCAACUACAAUGCAACAAGCUUUAGAACAGGCAUUGGAUCGUGCUGAGUAUAUCAUUGAAAGUGCCCGUCAGAGACCUCCCAAAAGAAAAUAUUUAUCCAGUGGAAGAAAAUCUGUGUUUCAAAAACUCUAUGAUUUAUAUACAGAAGAAUGUGAAAAAGAGCCCGAGAUAAAGCAGAAGCUGAGACGAAAUGUGAAUUUACUUGAGAAGCUGGUUAUGCAGGAGACGUUGUCAUGUCUUGUAGUGAACCUCUAUCCAGGAAAUGAGGGUUAUUCGCUUAUGCUCAGGGGAAAAAAUGGUUCAGAUUCUGAGACCAUUCGUCUGCCUUAUGAGGAAGCAGAGCUGCUUGAAUAUUUGGAUGCAGAGGAACUACCACCUAUUUUGGUUGAUCUUUUGGAAAAAUCACAGGUUAAUAUUUUUCAUUGUGGAUGUGUCAUAGCAGAAAUACGUGACUAUAGGCAGUCUGGUAACAUGAAAUCUCCAACAUACCAAAGCAAGCAUAUUCUUUUGCGUCCUACAAUGCAGACUUUAAUUUGUGAUGUGCAUUCUAUAACAAGUGACAACCACAAAUGGACACAGGAGGACAAACUCCUACUUGAGAGCCAACUUAUUUUGGCUACAGCAGAGCCUUUGUGUCUUGAUCCUUCAAUAGCAGUGACGUGUACUACAAACAGACUCCUGUACAACAAGCAGAAGAUGAACACUCGCCCAAUGAAACGAUGCUUUAAAAGGUACUCAAGGUCCUCUCUGAACAGACAGCAGGAAGUAGCUCACUACUCAGCUCCACCUCAGCUCAGAAUACUUGAUUACUUACAGAAAAGGAAGGAGAGGAAAGCAGCCCAGCAGUAUGACCUCAAAAUUUCUAAAGCUGGAAAUUGCGUAGAUAUGUGGAAACAGAACCCUUGCUACUUGACUGCACCUUCUGAAGUAGACGUGGAAAAAUAUGCCAAAGUGGAAAAGUCUAUCAAGCCUGAUGACUCACAACCAACUGUCUGGCCAGCACAUGAAAUAAAAGAUGAUUAUGUAUUUGAAUGUGAAGUUGGUAAUCAGCUCCAAAAAACAAAGCUGACCAUUUUCCAGUCUCUUGGCAAUCCCUUGUACUAUGGUAAAAUUCAGACACUCAAAGGUGAUGAGGAAAAUGACAACCUAUUAACUCCAUCACAGUUCCUUAUUGGUUCGAAGACUGAUGCUGAAAGGGUGGUGAACCAAUAUCAGGAGUUAGUACAAAGUGAAGCUAAAUGUCCUGUGAAAAUAUUUCAUAAUUCAAGUGGAUCAGUCAAUCUUAGUCAUCUUUCUCCAGGGAAGGAAAUGGAACAGCCAGAAAGCAUAUCAGGUUCUGUUCAGUCUUCAGUGCUGGGGAAAGGUGUAAAACACCGACCUCCUCCUAUCAAAUUACCUUCAAGCUCAGGAAGUAGUUCUUCAGGUAAUAUUUUUAGUUCACAACAGUCAAGUGGCCAUCUAAAAUCCCCAACUCCUCCUCCUCCUUCUAAGCCUCCUGGUCUUUCUCGGAAACAAUCUAUGGAUCUUAAUCAAGUUAGCAUGCUCUCUCCAGCUGCCAUGUCUCCUGCGAGCUCUUCACAAAGGUCUGGAACUCCUAAACCAUCUACUCCUACUCCAACCAACACCCCUUCAUCGACCCCACACCCUCCUGAUGCUCAGAGCUCAACUCCUAUUACCCCUUCUGCCACCCCUACUCCCCAAGAUUCAGGCUUCACCCCUCAGCCCACUUUGUUAACCCCGUUUGCUCAGCAGCAAGUGUCUCUGAGCCAGGCACUGCCUGUAAUGACCAUUCCUCUUUCCACCAUGGUAACAUCCAUUACUACAGGAACAGCCUCCACCCAGGUCAUGGCAAACCCUGCAGGACUUAACUUCAUCAAUGUAGUGGGCUCUGUGUGUGGAGCACAGUCACUGAUGAGUGGUUCAAACCCUAUGCUGGGGUGCAACACUGGUGCCAUUGCCCCUGCAGGUAUAAAUCUGAGUGGCAUUUUACCAUCAGGAGGUCUGGUACCAAGUGCGCUGCCCGCUGCAAUGCAGUCUGCCUCUCAAGCAGGCAGCCCCUUUGGUUUGAAAAAUACAUCAAAUCUUCGGCCCUUAAAUCUUCUACAGGGGUCUGACCAAGGUCCAUCCAAUCAAGAUCAGGCAUUAUCUGCCCAACAAGCUGCUGUAAUUAACCUGACUGGAGUAGGGAAUUUUAUGCAACCUCAAGCCACAGUUAAGUGCAGUCAAUUGAUUGUAUCACAUGAAAAUAAGCUCCACUUAAUACAAAAAGAAAAUGCAGGGAACUUCCAUGCCAGACUUCAUUGAGGAAUAAUUCUUUAACUCUGUGCUUAACAUCCAGUGUGAGAAACCUCUUUGUGCCUCCACAAGCACUUCAUAAUCUAACUAUGUUCUAACAGAGUAUGUAUAGCAUGUAUACCUUAUUCUGCACUGUUUCCAGUUUGACUCUGAAACUAAUUCUAUUGAUCCCCCUUUCCUGUAUUCCUGUGUUACACUGUAUUCCUAUGUCUUCCUUCCCCAACCCUGACAAACUCAACCUGACCUCUUUGAUCUGCCUGCUUUCCCGUUCUCCUUUCUCAGUGUUGUCUCAGCUUGGCUCUGCCAUGAACAGACCUGGGCAAAGCCUUCCUCAGCAGAGACUCCAGCUCUCUUCUGCCUUGCAACAGCAACAACAAGCCUUGCAGCAGCAGCAGCAACAGAUACAAGUAAUCCAGCAACUUCACUCUGUGUUUAAAAAACAAGCAAACAAACAAACAAACCAAAAAACUAAAAAUACAAUUCUUGGCUCCAAAAUCAAAAAUCUUGCCCUUUUGACUUCUUUAACUAAUGUCACUAUGGUCUCACAAAUUACAAAAAACAAACAAACAUGAAUUUGGCAAACCAUCAUGCAAGAUUUGUAAUCUGUGGUUCUCUCAGCUUGGAGCACUGAAUUUAUUUUUAUUCAUUUAAGCCAUCCACCUUCCUGAUACGAAAACAUUCAAGGGGUGCUUGUGGCACGUAUCUAAAUCAGCUCUGCCAGGUGCCAAUAGAUUUUAAAAUCGCACGAAUGGAAGCACCUGCAAGUUCAAAUGCAGCACUGCUACAAUCAGCAUGUGGAAGCAACAGCUCUACGAAGCAUUCCUUUUACCAUUCUGUCAUCCAGAUGCUUUAUGAAAAUAUUUUAAUAUUUUUUCAGCACACAGUCCCCUCUUUGUAAUAUAUACAGAAAAUACAUACGAUGCAUACAGUGAGAAGGUAAUAUGUUAAAAAUGUACUAUGUGACCCAAAUAUUCACAGAAGUUGCUGAGUUACUGAAGUUACUGCAAUGGAGAGAAAGGGCAAAGAAACAAGGCUGGGCACAUACACAUAUAAAACGAUAGCUGUGCCCUCAGCAGGCUUCUGUGCCACUGGUGCUGCUUGACUGUACCCAGUGCCCCAGUACAUGGUGUAUUCCUUUCAUCAACCUGGUGCUUCCUCAUUUUUCUACCUUCCCCUCUCCCCCCAACCUUCCUCUCAUUCUUCCUGACAUGAAAGCUUUAUAGUCAACACUAACAAGCUUUUUCUCCCCCUUCUCCUUCAUGGCAGCAGUUGCGAUUCUUGCAGCAUCAAAUGGCUAUGGCAACGGCAGCAGCACAAGCAGCUCACCUACGUCAUCAACAGCAUUCAGGCAGCCACUCAAAAAGUAAAAGGAAAAGAGGCACACCGGCCCCUCCAAAAUCAUGAGACUUGCCUCCUCCCCAAAAAAUUGGUUCAAAGGGGAUUUUUUUCAGAUUAAUAAGGAGAAAGCUUAAAGUUAAAUCAGUGGUUUUUAUUACUGGUGGGAAAAUUAACUUUUGACGUUACACUAAAAAAAAUUAACUGAUUUUGGAAGCCAGCCCUACAGAACCUAGAAAUUUCAUCUAUAAAGCAGCUAGGAUCUGGUUUCCUUAAGUCAAUUUUUUAACAGAAUGUUUUAUCUUGUAUUUUUUACCACUCAACAGCACUGUACAUAGAAUAAGGGUGAAAAACAUUUUAGAAAAAAUGAACUUUGUAAAGGUAGUAUUGGUAUUUGUUUAUUUAGUAUAAAAGGUUUGUGAACACUGUAACAAAUACAAUUUUUACAAAUCCA